UCUGACGAUAAACUAAAAAGCCACUACGUAGGAAGAUUUGUAAAUUUGUUAGUUUGUUUGACACAUCGAUUAUUAAAUCAGCUUGCAGCCACGCUUCAAUGCUGUCCAUUCAGAGUCCGAUUAUUUAUUCAGUAUACCAGUUAAACCAUACAAUGACCGUAAAGUUUGUUCUUACUUCUAUAGUUAUUCAGUGUUUGUUUACGCUUACAGUUUGAAUUGAAUCAGUUAAAAUUUUCCUGCUAAUUUUGUGAUUAAUCUAUGCAACUGUCAGGUUGGCCACGUGAGUAUAACACCAGAAUUGACAGUAGCUACCCAGUACCCUACAUCCGCAGUACUGUAGUAGAGUUCGCUGUAACUUACUUACCUAUAAGUAUUGCUGAAAGCACAGUGUAAGGCCUACACGGACCUAUGAUAUAUAUAUACGAUUUGAAGAACUCGAAGUGAUCGUAUUUUUCUACUUUAUAAUUCCCUUGCUUCCCACGCAUGCAUGUUAUCACUAAAUAUGAGAAAGUGUCGUGAGUUGUCUAUAUCAACUGCAAGCGACUACAGGGUGGCUCAAGUUGGCUUUUCCGUGUGAAUCCGGAGUUACCAGAGCCAAGAUGACGGCUAUCUUUCAAAAUAACGAAACCAGCUGUUAAUGUUGAAUAUAAUGUCGACAUAUCACUUAUCAAUAUUCAAUAGCUCAUCGCCUGCUUGUUUGAGGCACGAGCCAAAACUGGAAUCAGUCGUCCAGAACAAGGCAGGGGGCAAGGUGUUCCCUUUUCUCUGAGCUAACCUCAACACGACAUUAUGACUAGAUUGCUGUAUGAAAACGUCACUACAUCUUUUUUUUGUGGGACUCUGGAAGAGUUCGGUCCUCUGCACGACUUUCUGUCCUAAUUCACAAGCUUUUUCAUUGUGUUUUAAAGUUUUUUACGAUAUUCUGUCUGUGAAUCUUAUUAGCUGGCCGUCAGGCCGUAUUACUGCACCACCUUUGUGUGUGAUCAUUUAAAAAUGUCAUGUGUAUUACCUCUGUAUGGCUCGUGGUUCGGCAGGUGAUUUACUGACCGAUUGCGGCUUCACUUUUUAUUUAAUUUGCUACUUGUUACCAUUACUUUUUCACCUGUUAACGUUUGUUUACUAUAUUGUGGAACAUGAAAAAUGUUAGUGGCCUUUUGUUCUUCUUCUAGAUAAAAGUCUAUAGAUCAAUAACCAUUCAUCAUUGAUCUGUGCAACUAAUGGAUCGAUCACAGAUUAUUGUUUGAUUACUUUUUUGGUCACUUUAGACUCCUCCGGCCUCCCCCUAUAAUAGAGGGGACUGGGGAAAUUAAGCUUCUCCAAACAAUCCCUCCUUAUUGCUGUAUGUGCUCUACUCAAACUAGGAAUUGGGUUGAUCGUCAUCCAUCCCAGUGAUCUUAUACCUCAGUACCUUAGCAUCACUGGAACCAAUGACAUCCGCGGCGCCACGCAUUGACCUCGGUCCACAUACCUGCUGCGACCUGCGUCAUAGUUUAGGUUACGGUUAUGAAGAAAAAAAUGUAGGUUACGACUCAGGAAUUGUCUGGAAAGGACGUCUUGGUUCUUUGUUUUCAGUGUUCCACGCCAAGUUGUGGGGAUGGGACUAGAAAUUUGAGGCUCGAAAUACUUGCGUCUUAGGUCAUAGGGUUGAGCGGUGUAAAUCCCCAAUUAUUAAUAACUUCAAAUAUUUUAUUGUUUAAUAGAUUUUACCAGGCUCAUGACAAAACCACUGCUGUGUUUCCUGGUACUCGUGCCCUGCGUCCUGGCCUCGAUUACUCUCCCUGCCACCAAGCUCUUUCAAAACACCCUCAAACGAUGGCAAAUCAACCCGACCCACGACAAAGACAGACUUGAGCGGUGGAACAGAUUUGUGAAAAUGAAGAAAUCAGUGGAAGAAACAACGAGCGAGGUUUUUCUGGAGAGUCUCAACAAAUUCACGGUUCUUAACGACUUUGAGUACGACAUGAUUGUCAAGCCUCUCAUGGAAAACAGUCUCAACUUCUCGGAACCGCUGUUCACUGAUGAGGAGGUUGAAAAUCACCCCGUCACGAGGAGACAUAAGAGAAGCAAGCGAGAUUAUGGGUUACCGGAGGAGUUAACGUUUUGGGAGGAAGGAGUGACUCUUUCAACUCCAGGCGACCAGGCGUCGUGUGGGUCGUGCUGGAGUUUUCCCAAUGUUGGCACGUUUGAAGCUCUGAACACGAGGUUGUCGGGCGAGAAAAUGAAGUUUUCUGAACAGUACUUCGUUGACUGCACGUUUUCCUACUCCGGCUGCGCUGGAGGAACUGUGAACGAGGGCUACAAAAUCACUAUGAUGAGGCAGUACCUGAUGUCUGCAGAACAGUGGCCAUACACAGCUGAUUAUCAGCCAUGUGCGUUUACGAUGGACAUUCGAAACGAUCGGAACAAUGCUAUGACGAAGAUAUGGGGUCAGGAUUAUGUGCCGCUUGGAAAGAAUGAGGAGAGUUUUUUGACGAAACUGCAUAUAUCCCCAAUAGCUUUCGGGUCUUACAUCUCCGACGCAAUCUUCGGGUACUCUGGAGGUUUAUAUGACGACGCUUUGUGUGCUUCACAACCGCUGGCUCACUCAAUGUUGAUGGUCGGAUACACCGCUACGUACUUGAGAGUGAAGGCUAGCUACGGACCAUCUUUUGGACUCGGCGGUUACAUAAACUACAAGCGGGGAUCCUUUAACAUGCCUUCCUGCAGAUUCUUUGAAAAUGGUUACAUAUUUACCGCUACAUACAGAAGGGAGAUGCAGUAUGACUUCUGUGGAGAUAAGAAGCUGGUAACUCGGUCUGUGUGCUUGAAAUCCUGCGAAGAUAAGAAUGUAGCGGGAACAGAAACUGGGUGGACGCUGGCUUCCAUACCGACAAGAUAUCACAACCAGAAGGUGGUGGAUCUGAUAUUAGCAGAAUACCCGGGAGUAAAAACUGACGAUAAGUUCAACUAUUUCUGGAUGGGGCUGCAAGACCUGACAAAGACAUCAGCUCUGGAGUGGACAGACAAUUUCAUUCCGGUAAACUAUGCGAACAUAUCAAACCACGACAUCUUUAACUGGGGCAAAAAAUACGGAACAAUCAAUAAGAACUCUGGUUUUUACGCGAUGAAGAGUUCAGAUACCGCAACACAUAGGGGGGUGUGCGGCAGGGCAGUGACUUGCUGGGACAUCAGCAGUGCAGUGGAGAACGGAGACGUUACCUUUGACAGAGAGAAACUGACCGAGGGUACAGUGGCAACUCCCAAGUGUGACAGUGGCUACACUAUCAGUGACGCAACCACCAUUGCUUGUGUUGGUGGUCUAUGGAAUAAGGAUCUUCCUACCUGUGCUAAGGAUGGUGGUGAUGCAGAUCCAAAGUGCGCGGCUCCUACGAUAUCAGACGGCACAGUCUCCCCAAGUGGCUCUAUCUCUACUGGAUCUAGUUACUCAGUUACCUGUAGUGGUGGGUUCACUAUAAAGGGAUCCGCCACCGUCACCUGUACUGAUAAUAAUGGGGCAGCUGAACUCUCUGCCCUUCCAACAUGCGAACAAGAUGCAGUAGAGGCGAAGUGCGCGGCUCCUACUAUAGCUGACGGCACAGUCUCACCAAGUGGCUCUAUCUCUACUGGAUCUAGUUACUCAGUUACCUGUAGUGGUGGGUUCACUAUAAAGGGAUCCGCCACCGUCACCUGUACUGACAAUAAUGGGGCAGCUGAACUCUCUGCCCUUCCAACAUGCGAACAAGACGCAGUAGAGGCGAAAUGCUCGGCUCCUACUAUAGCUGACGGCACAGUCUCCCCAAGUGGCUCUAUCUCUACUGGAUCUAGUUACUCAGUUACCUGUAGUGGUGGGUUCACUAUAAAAGGAUCCGCCACCGUCACCUGUACUGACAAUAAUGGGGCAGCUGAACUCUCUGCCCUUCCAACAUGCGAACAAGAUGCAGUAGAGUCAAAGUGCGCGGCACCUACAAUAUCUGACGGCGCAGUCUCCCCAAGUGGCUCUAUCUCUACUGGAUCUAGUUACUCAGUUACCUGUAGUGGUGGGUUCACUAUAAAGGGAUCCGCCACCGUCACCUGUACUGACAAUAAUGGGGCAGCUGAACUCUCUGCCCUUCCAACAUGCGAACAAGACGCAGCGCUAGUGUGCUCCAAGCCAGUGGUAAAUGGUGGGGCGGUUACUCCAGCAGACUCAGAGAUCGAUAUUGGAGAGUUCUACACGGUGACUUGUAAUGAUCACCACACGCUAAAUGGAGUGGCUAAAAUGACUUGCUCGAAGGAUGGCUCUACAGCAGUGCUCUCAAGUGCACCAACCUGUGAAGAAGAUACGUGCAACACGGCAAAAGCUGUUAUUACAGAUGGAACGAUCGCAUCUGGAGAAAAAGCAAGCUACGUUUUUGGAGACAAAAUUGUGUACCAAUGUAACAGCAACUUCGUUAUGGAGGGAAACGAUUUUAUAGUCUGCAAAGGAUCUAAGUUCAGCAGCGCAGUUCCUACGUGCAUAGCCGUUAACACAAACUGUAACGAAUUCACUGUACAAAACGGAAAACUCAGCAAUAAGCACCCCUACUUUACCAAUGAUAGAGUAAAGGUGACAUGUGACACAGACUUCAUCCUCAGCGGUACCAACCCUAGGAAGUGUGUGGCCCAGAGUUGGGCGAGAGACGCACCUACUUGUACUAAAGACGAUGGUGGACAGUGUAAGACGUUGAGUGCACCCCGUGACGGUACUAUCUCUUGUACCGGCGAUGAUAAUGGCAAGAAUGUAGCCGACACAAUAUGUACCGUGGGGUGCGAUACUAGUUUCCAGCCUGUUCGUGGAGCGGUUACUGAAACUACCUGCAGAGACAAGUCCUUCCUGUGGACGCACCAGAAUAAGAAAAACACUAAAGGAACAUUCCCUCCCUGCACAGAAAUGAUUGCACCGAAAGCUAAGAAGCUAAAAAACCAAGUAACAAUCGGAGCUGUGUACUGUGAAAAUGAGAGUCAGAAAGUACUGAUGGGGAAGGCUGUGGAAAGUUUCCUGAAAGACGACCUCUAUAUCGCAUGUCUUACCGAUGGAAAAUGCGAGAUGGACUCAGUGGACUGUCAGUACAAAUCUAGCAAACAGAAUAUCCAGCUGACAUUCACCGUGAAGCAGACACAGGACAUGUUGGACAAAACUAUCCUUAAAGAGGUCAAAACUAAGGUUACGAAAAGUGUGAAGGCAGAAACGUUCACCUUGAGUAUCGAUGACAGCAAGAGGAGGAAGAAGAGAGCAACGACCCUGUCAGCAGAAGCAGACUCUCUGGAGACGGUGGACGAGGUGACCUGCGAAGACGAUGAGGUUGUUGAGGACGGAGUCUGUGUGAAAUGCCCUGCCGGUUACAAGACAGUGGACGGGGCUUGUGAAGCGUGUGAGAUAGGAACCUACAACGCAGCCGAGGGAGCUACAGAGUGUAUAGCGUGUGAUGGAACCAAGACCACCUACGGUACAGGGUCUACUAAAGCUGACGAGUGUUAUGAACUCUGCACCGUACCUGAAAUAGCAGUCGGGUCCCUGAACCAGGAGGCUGGGUUCAAAGUGGAGCCGACCUACACCCUGACCCUGACAUGUGACGAGACUUACACUGCCAGUGUUGCUUCCUUCCAGUGUUCAAGUUACUCGGCUGAAACUCACAAGUGCAUCGCACAAAUGCAGUGCAAAUCGGCGGAUCUGGCUAUAGAGAACGGAGUAAUGUCCGGAGCUACAGCGCCCUACGAGCAGGGAGAGAAGGUCAGCUACAAGUGCAAUGAUGGGUUCAAGUUGGUGGGAAACAGUGAGCUGACGUGUAACAACCGAGCGUGGAGUAACGCCGCUCCUCUUUGCAAAACUGUUAACGCGAAGUGCCUGCCAUACGAAGUGAACCACGGCAAGGUGGACAAAUCAUCCGGCUCAUUCGUUACUACUGAGAGCGUCAGUGUGGAAUGUGAUUACGGUUACAACCUCAACGGAACCAACCCCCGCGUAUGUGAGGAUGCAGGAUGGAAAACAGAUGCUCAAAAUUGCGUUUACAAUGAGGGAACAUGUCCGGGACUAAAGGCCCCUGUGCACGGAAGUACCUCAUGUACUGGAAGUAACAUUAAAGAUACGUGCACUGUCUCAUGUAACUCAGGAUACAUUUAUCUGAGCGAAAUUAAGAAAGUGACCUGUCAAGAAGACCUACGGUGGAGCCACCAGUCCUUUACUAACAGUCAGGGAAACUUUGCCGCAUGUGCUAAACAGGAGACCCCCAAGUCCCGUGUCUUAGAAGCAGAACUUUACCUGGACGUGGAUUACUGUAAGACAGAUCCAGAGAAAUCAGCUGUGGUUGCUGCCUUUGAAACUUACAUCAAGUCUGGUUCUGCGGCUGUGCCCUGUCUUACUGGCUCUAAAUGCACGGUACAAAAUACCAGCUGUAAGAAUAGUGAUGGAUCGAGUGUAGUGAGCUUUGAGCUUCUGCAGACUGAAGACCUCUCUUCAGAAGACGCCUCCACUCUUACUUCCUCAGAUUCAAGGCUCAAGGAGCUUGUCAGCACCGAAGCCAUGACUUUUGAAGUAACAACAUCAAAGAAGAGAGAGACUACGAGAUUCACAGCUGAGGACGGCAGUUAUACCGGGAACGUGAAAACGGCUUGUGAGGCUGGGUUUGCUCAAAUCUCGGGUUCAUGCAUCACGUGUCCGGCGGGACACCACAUCCCGGGGGGAGAUAUCCCGGUCUGUAACGCAUGUGCGGUGGGAACCUACAGUACGGCUCCCAACUCUGUGGGCUGUGAGAAGUGUACCAGUGGCUCCACUACUUAUGGUAAAGGUAGCACCACCAGUGGGGAUUGUAAGAAACUCUGUAAGGUUCCUGGGGUCACACACGGCAGCAUGUCUCCUCCAACAGGAUACAACGUAGCUCCCAACACACUCAUCAAGAUGACUUGCGACAUUGGGUUCGUUCUGCACACGGGAGAAGAGAAGUUUGAAUGUAGUACCGGCAUAGUUCCUACUUGCAAGGAAGAUGGAGAGACAGAUCAAGUAAGUGAUGGUGGAGGCUCCACAACAGUGAUCAUAGUCGUGGUUGUGGUGGUCCUUGUCGUGCUAGCAGCCGGAGUGAUUGCUGCAUUCUUCAUCAGAAAGAGAAACUUGAAGAGGGUAGGGCGUGGCCCUGAAACUGCAACUGUUCUGGUCAAUAAGAAGGCUCCUACUAAUGGCCAUGGAAAUGGAAGUGAAAAUGGGGAUAAUGAUUACGAUACUAGAAUUUAGGUUUAAUACUCAUCUGACCAGAACCAUGCUGUGAGAAAAACAGACAACAAAGCACCCGUAUCAGGAAACAAUGGGUUUUCAGAAAACGUAUACGAUACCGCAGAAACGCAGAACAUAUAGAUGUUAAUUUGCUGUCCUGAUCAAGGACCAAACCGGACAGA